AUGAACGAGGAGAAGCCUAGCUUUUCCGUUAUGGACUUUGCACUACUUGCUACAGUUUUGUUCGUUUACCUGCUAUCAGGAGGGCGUUGGACAAUCGCUUGUUCCAUAUUAGUCUUGUGCGCUUUAGCUAAACAUGAAUCGUCAACCGAAAAACUUAGCGCAGCAGCUGAGACUGCUAAUGAGCCAAGCGCACCGAAAAAAAAAUCAUGCUGUGGUGGUAAAGGAGGUAAAUCAUGCUGUUCGUCAGGUGGAAAAGGAAAGAAAGGCGGUUGUUGUGGAGGAUCCUGUUCUUCAAAGGCAAAAGCGAACGACAGUACCAUCAAAAAUAAUAUCGCAAAAGAAACUGCCCCAAUUGCAGUUGACUUUACACAAGCUUUCAAACCUGUGAGAAAUUCGAAAAAGACUAAUGGUACGAAGAAAAUACCUAAAGUGUUUUCUGCCAGCCCUUCUACAAAAGCAUCAAGCCCGAUAUUCAAGAAAGGACUAACAAUAUCGAAUGAAAAGUUAUUGGGAUCUCAGAUAUAUGUAUUCUUCAGCUCUCUUCAAGGUGCUGCAAAAAGAUCUGCUGAGUCUUUGGUUUGUGAGCUGUCGAAGGUGGACGGCUUAUCAAAAAUACCCCUUCUUAUGAAUUUGGAUGAAAUUAGUGAUAUUGAUGAUUAUUUCGUAAAUGUUCCAUGUGACAAUGCGCUUUACAUUCUCGUUUUACCUUCCUAUGAUACUGACUCACCACUUGACUACUUUUUACAGACACUGGAAGAAAAUUCUUCUGACUUUAGAAUUGACAAAUAUCCCAUGAGAAAGCUGGUAGGUUAUACUAUCCUUGGGAUUGGUGACUCGGAAUCAUGGCCAGAGAAAUUCUGCUAUCAAGCCAGACUUGCUGAUCUUCUGCUGGCACGCCUUGGCGGAAGAAGAAUAUUUCCUAUCGGCGAAAUUUGCAUGAAAUUUGGUGGUAUUCCCAAAGUAGAAGAUUGGGCGAAUCUCCUAGGCAAUACAUUGAAGGAUGACGAACCAAUUUUGUAUGAAUUUGAUGAGAACGUUGAUAAUGACGACGAUGACACGGCUGUAGAGGAUCUCACUAAGGAAUCGGUUAUGGAUUUGGAGGAUAUAGGAAAAUCCUCAGAGCUGGCGAUGAAUGAGGUAAAAAAAAUGGUUGCUCAAAAUAGUCCCACAUACAAAAACUUGACUAAACAAGGUUACACUGUUGUCGGAUCACACUCAGGUGUAAAAAUAUGUCGCUGGACUAAAAAUGAUUUGAGAGGCAGAGGAUCAUGUUACAAACAUUCUUUAUUUAAUAUCGUUUCCAGUCAAUGCAUGGAGCUCACGCCAUCACUGGCAUGCUCCUCGAAAUGUGUCUUCUGCUGGCGUCACGGCACCAACCCUGUUUCAAAAAACUGGAGAUGGGAAAUCGAUGAGCCAGAAUACAUUCUAGAAAAUGCGCUCCAAGGCCACUAUUCAAAGAUUAAACAAAUGAGAGGUGUUCCUGGUGUCAUUGCCGAAAGAUUUGCAAAUGCUUUUAAAGUCCGCCAUUGUGCAUUAUCACUGGUAGGUGAACCCAUAAUGUAUCCACACAUUAAUAAGUUUGUGGAACUCCUUCAUGAAAAAGAAAUUUCAAGUUUUCUAGUCUGCAAUGCUCAACAUCCUCAGGCAUUGGAAGACUUGGGCAAAGUCACGCAAUUGUAUGUCUCCAUUGAUGCGCCAACUAAAACAGAGUUGAAAAAGGUUGACAGACCUCUAUACAGAGAUUUUUGGGAGAGAAUGCUUCAAUGCUUGAAUAUCCUGAAAACCACACAAUCCCAUCAAAGGACGGUGUUCAGGAUGACAUUGGUCAAAGGGUUCAAUAUGGGAGAAGUAAGUGCGUAUGCGGAUCUUGUAGAGAAGGGACUUCCUUGCUUUAUUGAAGUUAAAGGCGCUACUUUCUGUGGAUCUUCAGACGCCAACGGCAAUCCACUUACAAUGCAAAAUAUACCCUUCUACGAAGAAUGCACAUCAUUUGUUAAGGAAUUUGCAAAAGAACUGCAAAGGCGUGGUCUUGGUUAUGACAUAGCCGCGGAGCAUGCUCAUUCUAAUUGUAUAUUGAUUGCAAACACAAAAUUCAAGAUCAAAAAUGAGUGGUACACCCAUAUCGAUUUUGAAAGGUUUUUUAAAUUACUAAAAUCCGGCGAAAAGUUCGAUCACUUGGAUUACAUUUCGAAAACACCUGAAUGGGCUCUAUUUGGUAAUGGUGGAUUCGCCCCUGGAAAUACACGGUUUUACAAGAAGGCCAGCAAACAAAAAUCAAAUAUUUCAGAAGAAAGCGCAAAAAUUGAGAUCGCGGCAUGA